CAUAAAGGCGCAUGCGCACUACGCCUGACCCUCCGGUUUCUGCGUGCACUGCCACGUUAGUAGCGGUAGACACAAAAUACCAGCUACUCUCCCAACCUUAAACGAGGGGAAACGGACUUGAAACUAACACCUGUUCCUCCACCACAGCCGUAGCCGAGCUCGUCUGAACCUUUCGUCUAUUUUAGGGAAGAAAACUCGACGGCGACGAUGUUGAAGUUUCUGAUUUUCUGCACACUGGCUGUGGCCAUCAACGCUGAGAUAGCCGAGGAAGAAGAUGUCCUGGUGCUGAAGAAGAGUAACUUCGACGAGGCUCUCCAGGCUCACCCCAACAUCCUGGUUGAGUUCUAUGCCCCAUGGUGCGGUCACUGCAAGGCCCUGGCUCCAGAGUAUGCCAAGGCUGCUGGCAUGCUGAAGGCAGAGAGUUCAGACAUCCGCCUGGCUAAAGUGGACGCCACAGAGGAAACCGAACUCGCCCAAGAGUACGGCGUCCGAGGAUACCCCACCAUCAAGUUCUUCAAGGGUGGAGACAAGGAAUCUCCCAAAGAGUACUCAGCUGGCAGGCAGGCGGAUGACAUCGUCAACUGGCUGAAGAAGCGCACAGGGCCCGCCGUCGCCACCCUGAAUGAGGUCACCGACGCAGAGUCUCUGAUCGCUGAUAAUGAGGUGGCAGUCAUCGGAUUCUUCAAGGAUGCAGAGUCUGCUGGUGCCCAGGCCUAUGAAAAAGCAGCUCAGGCCAUAGAUGACAUUCCCUUCGCCAAGACCUCCAGCGAUGCCAUUUACUCCAAGUUUGAAGUGUCCAAGGACAGCGUUGUCCUCUUCAAGAAGUUUGAUGAGGGACGCAAUACCUUCGAUGGUGAGCUGACCAAAGAAGCGCUUCAGUCCUUUGUCAAGGCCAACCAGCUGCCCCUGGUCAUUGAGUUCACCGAGCAGACUGCCCCUAAAAUCUUCGGCGGAGACAUCAAGUCCCACAUCCUCAUGUUCCUGCCCAAAGCUGCCUCAGACUUCCAGGACAAAAUGGACCAGUUUAAGAAGGCCGCGGAGGGAUUCAAGGGUCAGAUCCUGUUCAUCUUCAUCGACAGUGACAUUGACGACAACCAGCGAAUCUUGGAGUUCUUCGGCCUGAAGAAAGAGGAGUGCCCUGCCAUCCGCCUCAUCACUCUGGAGGACGAGAUGACCAAGUACAAGCCAGAGAGCGACGCCAUCACUGCAGAAAGCAUCACUCAGUUCUGCAAACUGUUCACUGAGGGCAAACUCAAGCCCCACCUCAUGAGCCAGGACAUCCCUAAAGACUGGGACAAAAACCCUGUCAAGGUUUUGGUCGGCAAAAACUUUGAGGAGGUCGCCUUCAAUCCCUCCAAGAACGUCUUUGUGGAAUUCUAUGCACCAUGGUGUGGACACUGCAAACAGCUGUCUCCAAUCUGGGAGAAGCUGGGAGAGAAGUACAAGGACAGCGCCGACACUAUUGUAGCCAAAAUGGACUCCACAGCCAAUGAGAUUGAGGCUGUCAAAGUCCACAGUUUCCCCACUUUGAAGUUCUUCCCUGCAGGAGAAGAGCGCAAGGUGAUCGACUACAACGGGGAGAGAACGCUUGAGGGCUUCACCAAGUUCCUGGAGAGUGGCGGCAAAGAAGGCGGUGCCCCCGCAGGAGAUGAUGACGAUGACCUGGAACCUGAGGAUUUGGAAGACGUGGAGGACGACUCGGAUAGCGAGGACGGCACUGACGACGACGGACACGAUGAGUUGUAAACGUCGGCAGAAACGGAGAGAGGAGAGUCCCGCCCUAACCCUCCCAAACAGUCACCAUCACCACCUUCACUUCUUUGUGGACCUUCCCUGUCCUGUGAACAUUCAUUAUUCCCCUUUAACUGCCUCUCAGUCAGUCAGUAAGCUGGCCUGAUAACAGCCUGCCAGCUAGUCAGUCCACCAUUGGCAUGGCAGGGCUUUUUUUUUUUUUUUUUUCUUUCUUUCUUUUUUAACCUCUCUCCCCCCCCCCUUGCCUGUCACAUCUGCAACCUCCCAACCUCUGGCUCAGACUGGUCUUGUCCCACCUGGCGGGACCCUGUGGAACAGUGCACCAUUUCCUGUGGGAGACCUCAAUGCCUUGUCUGCAAAGCUCCACAUCAGCUGUCUGCCUUGUAUAUUUUGAACCAAAUGUAAGAAAGAAAAAAAAAUGGCAUUGAUCUCAAAGUUUUCAAAUUGUUUGUUUUUUCCACACGCCCCCCUCCUUUUAAAGAGUCGUUGCUGUUCAUUUGUUCAGUGUGAGUAUCGGCAAACCGAGCGUUGUAACCUAAGUUUGUAUGAAAGGGGGGGCGGGUUGCUGCCAGUGUUCUUCUCCCUCUGAUAGGACCACAGGUUUGUGUGACGGUUUUAUAAGGACUGAUCUCUCAGGGGAAAAGGGGCCAUCCUGUAGAUGUUUUCACUAAAAUAACCCCCAUGGUGUAGCACAAAGAGCCCCCCAUCUGUAGCCGAGACCAAUUAUUUUCUUUCUUUCAGUGGGGGGGGGUCUGUCAUUUCUUCAUUCCCAAAUCUUUCGGUUCUGUCUCCUCGUUUCAGCGCGGCUACUGACUCUAUUCUGAAAGGAACAAAGUUAACUUUUUGGGGAAAAUCGUAUUUUAUUUAAUUGCUUUCACUUUGAGUUUUUUUUAUUAUUUAGGACUUGUCAUCUUUUCUUUUUUUUUUAAAUAAUGUACCAUUGUGCCCAACUGUUGCCGGUUUGGCCCGGUUGGGGCAGAGUUGGCCCGUGUGGACGCUCUCAGACCUGGUGGGUGGGAGGGAGGGGGAUUCUGAUGGGUUGCACUGCAUUCAUGCCUAAUCAGAGAUUCAUGUGUUUACUACAGCAAACAGAGAUUGGUUAAGUUUACUGGUUGGGUCGGUCUGAGAGACGUGUCUGAUAUCUGAAGCGGGGAGGGAACAGUUGGAACAGCCCCACCCCCUCACCCAUACUGUACCUCCUGCAUCCCUUUUGGCUCUACGCAGCACCCUUACUUUGCGCGUGUGUGUGUGUGUGUGUGUGUGUGUGUGUGUGUGUGUGUGUGUGUGGGGCAGGGAGGGGAAGCUUGAGUAGAGCGAGGUGAUGUCAGCUGAACAGCGAUGGUGGUGUGGGAGGGGGAAUCCUAACGAAGCAUUCCAUCAUAUCCAAAUUAAUGUGGAAAACGUGAAAUGGUGGCCAAUAAAUAAAUUUAAAAAAAGUGUAAAAAUGAAA